AUGUCUCCCCCAGCCAUCCUCCAGGAUCCCGUCUCUCCUACCGUUCCUUCCAAGAAGUUGAACCUUCCUCACAGCUCGGCUGUUCCUGUUGGAGGACAGACCAAGACAGAGACCAUCGAGGCCAUGGCAGGUGACUGGCAGUCCUUCACCUUCCGUCCCAUCCGUGAGUCGCAGGUCAGCAGAGCCAUGACCCGCCGCUACUUCUCCGACUUGGACAAGUAUGCCGAGUCCGACGUCGUCAUCAUUGGCGCCGGCUCUUGCGGUCUUUCUGCCGCAUACUGUUUGGCCAAGGCUCGCCCUGACCUCAAGAUUGCUAUUAUCGAGGCCAGUGUCAGCCCUGGUGGUGGUGCUUGGCUUGGCGGCCAGCUCUUCUCUGCCAUGGUCAUGCGUAAGCCUGCCGAUGCCUUCCUCCGCGAGAUUGGUGUCGAGUACGAAGAAGACGGCGAUGACAGCAACUAUGUCGUUGUCAAGCAUGCUGCUCUCUUCACUAGCACUCUGCUCAGCAAGGUCUUGCAAUUCCCCAAUGUCAAGCUCUUCAACGCUACUGCUGUCGAGGACCUCAUCACCCGUCCUCGCGAGGAUGGAACUAUCCAGAUUGCCGGUGUUGUCACCAACUGGACUCUGUCCUGCAUGGACCCCAACACCAUCAACGCCCCCGUCAUCAUCUCCACCACCGGCCACGACGGCCCCUUCGGCGCCUUCUCCGUCAAGCGUCUCGUCAGCAUGCAAGCCAUCAAGUGUCUCGGCGGCAUGCGCGGCCUCGACAUGAACACCGCCGAAGACGCCAUUGUCAAGGGCACCCGCGAGAUCGUCCCCGGCCUCAUUGUCGGCGGCAUGGAACUCUCUGAAGUUGACGGUGCUAAUCGCAUGGGACCUACCUUUGGCGCCAUGGCACUCAGUGGUGUCAAGGCUGCUGAGGAGGUGGUCAGGGUCUUUGAGCAGCGUCAGAAGGAGUGUGCUGCUUUCUACUGA